AUGGCGCUGUCGACCAAGGAGAAGGACAUACAGAUGCUGCUGGCGGCCGAAGCUCACCUCGGCACCAAAAACUGCAACUUUCAGAUGGAGCGCUAUGUCUUUAAGCGCCGAAAUGAUGGAAUAUACAUUAUCAACCUCGGAAAAACUUGGGAGAAGCUCCAGUUGGCUGCCAGGGUUAUUGUUGCAAUUGAGAACCCUCAGGACAUCAUUGUCCAGUCUGCCAGGCCCUAUGGUCAGAGGGCCGUGCUCAAGUUUGCCCAAUACACUGGGGCCCAUGCAAUCGCUGGACGCCAUACCCCUGGUACUUUUACAAAUCAGCUCCAGACUUCCUUUAGCGAGCCAAGGCUUCUCAUCCUCACUGAUCCAAGGACUGAUCAUCAGCCAAUUAAGGAAGCUUCUCUAUCUAACAUCCCCACUAUUGCUUUCUGUGACACUGAUUCCCCAAUGAGGUAUGUUGAUAUCGGUAUUCCAGCCAACAACAAGGGGAAGCACAGCAUUGGUUGCCUCUUUUGGCUUUUGGCAAGGAUGGUGCUCCAGAUGCGCGGUCUUGUUGCUCCUGGUCACAAAUGGGAUAUCAUGGUAGAUCUAUUCUUCUAUCGGGAGCCUGAGGAGGCUAAGGAGGAAGAAGAAGAGGUUCCGGCUAUUGCAGAUUAUGCUGAUUACUCUGGUGCUGCUGCUGGAGUUGCUGGUGCUGAGUGGUCUAGUGGCCAAAUUCCCGAUGGUCAAUGGUCUAUUGGUGAUGCUCCUGCUCCAGCUGGAAGUGGUUGGACUGCUGCAGAGUCAACUGUUGUUGCUGCCGAUGGAGGAUGGGACUCGGCUGUGCCCCCACCAACAGCCGUUGAAGGAGUAUCUACUGUUGCUCCACCUGGCUGGGAAUAA